UAGUUCCUCUGAACUAGUUCGCCUCAGAACAUUCAGAACGACCAUGGUAGAAGAAGAAUUAUCCCACCUUGAGAACGACACAACUCGGUUUUUCCAUGUCCAUCACUCUUGAACUAUAACUCCUGAUUCCUGUCCUUAGUGUAUACGUUAGUCAAAUUUUAAAUAAGCUGAUUGAAAAUGCCGCGCGUUUGAGAAGUACUUUAAACUAUUCUCUUUUAACCUCAUAAAACAAUAGAGAUAAUUCUAGUCAACGAGAAAAACAAUCAUUCUUUGUAGGCAAAAAUACAAUAAUUCACAAUUUACAUAACCUACUUAGGCUUAUCGUUUUUGAUAGUAAUAGAUUCACUUAGUAUUUGUUUAUUGCUUGUUAGCUUUAGUUUUGUGUGUAGACUGUUGUGGGCUAGACAAGGCGUCAUUCAUUGUUCGCCCUUAGAUUGUUGCUGGUAGUUGUGACGUUGUGCCAUUUAAGUCUUAUCUUGUAUUUGGUUGAAACUUUCCAAACACCUGUUCGGGGGGAAAGUAGAUUCUAUAUCCUGUGGAAUUGCAUCAAGAACAGGCUUUGCCCGUAUGUUACCAUCCUUGGUAGUGACCGAAUUGUCCGUCAGUCUCGACCCAUUAUCCACUUGUUUAUUAAAUGUCGCCUGGUGCAAAGAGUCUUUGUAGUUGGCAAAUUGUUAAAUCCGUCUACAGAACAGGCAUAUCGUUAAACAGACAAUACUCGGCGACAUUGAUUAACUGCAAAGUCCCAAUUCAAAACUUGAGUCAUACACAAAGAAAUUCUAGCAGCUAUUUUCACAAGUAUCAGAGCAUAAUGGAUGCUCCUCCUGAGGUGUUUAAGGGUCUGUUGGACCGAUUUAAUGGUGUCACCGUGGACUCGCAUAAAGAGUUCGAAGAUGCAGAAAAUUUCCCCGAAAAGCUGGAAAAAUCUUUGCAAUAUUGGAAGGCGCAAAAACGGCGGGCAAUUUGGUUUAGUGUAAAAACAGAACACUCUUCUUGGGUGCCUCAUUUGACAAAAGCUGGUUUUGAAUUUCAUCAUGCCAAGCAGGGAUAUGUGGUCCUUUUCCGAUGGCUGCCCGAGGAUGAAUAUGAAAAUAUACCCGCCUAUGCACACACAAUGCUAGGUGUCGGUGGCCUCGUCGUCAACGAAAACAAUGAAGUGUUGGUGGUGUGCGAACGUUUUUCUUUAAUACCAAACAGUUGGAAAUUACCCGGGGGAUAUGCCGAGCCGCAAGAAAACAUAAUUGAUGCCGCCAUAAGAGAAGUGCGCGAAGAAACAGGCAUUGAAUGCGAAUUCAAUACCGUAAUAAGUUUACGCCAUGCCCACGGUGGCAUAUUUGGGUGUUCCGACAUAUAUUGCGUGGUCGCCUUGACACCCAAGUCAUCAGAUUUACGUCGAUGUGAGCGAGAGAUAGCUAAAUUACAGUGGAUGCCGAUUGCAGAAUAUUUGGAACAUCCCAAUGUCCAUGAAACCAAUAGACACUUUAUGAGAUGCUUCCUGGACUACAAGGAGCGCGGAAUACGUUUCACAUGUGAGAUGGGGAAACAUCAAGUAUUGAAAAAAGAAUACUGUCUGUAUUACAUGAAGCCCAUUGCUAAGGAUCAAGACACAUCGGAACAGAGAGGAGAAUUAUAACAUUGGCGGGGUAACAUUUUUAAUCAGGGAAUCUAAAAUAAGUCUUUAUGUAUCUGUUUGUAUAUAUAUUGUUAAAUAAAUAUAUAGUGCAAUUAUAUUGAUGUGAUUUCGAGUA